AUGAGGGGGCUGCUGGACUACCGCAGGGACCCGAUCGCGCGCCGGUACAUCCUCCUCGCCGGCCUGGUGGACGCGCUGCCGACCUGGCUGGUGGACGACCUCGUGCCGGUGCUGCUCCCCAACUCGUCGCUCACGAUCCCGCUCAACGCCAGCGUCCAGCUGCAGGCCGUCGGGCUGUUCAACGUGACCCUGUUCGACCUCGACAGGUGGACGAAGCUGCGGCCGCUGUGGCUGAACGAGGGGUCGCUCUUCACCUGGGAGUCCUCCGCCGCGCUCGACCUGCUCGAGGUGGAGGUGUGCGGGGGCCUGGUGCUGAACACCGGCACGCAGGGCGUGGCGCACGAGGUGGCGGUCUGCGCCCUGCUGGCGCUGGCCCAGCCGACAGUGGACCUGGGGCUGGUGGUGGCCAUGCGGUCCGACCGCAUGUGCGAGGUGUGGGGCUCGGUGCUGCGCUCCUCGGCCGGCUGCGCGCUGUACCCGCUGUUCUUCGCGGAGGACGCGAGCGGGGUGCGGCUGUCGCACUUGAGGAUCGGCAUCGAGGGCUACCGCCUCGAGGCCCUGUCGGCGUCGGGCAUCCUGCUCCCAGGCCUCGAGGAGCGGCUGCUGCGCGAGCUCCGCGGCCUGCUCGAGGCCAACGCCACCGAGCGGCUCGUGACGGCGCAGCUGCCCACGGCCAUCUCCGCGGGCCUCCGGGACGCGCUCAACAUGGCGGCGCCUCGUGAGUUGCCCAGGCGCCAGGUCUGCGACUGGGCGCGGCACCCCGCGCGGCUCGAGCGCCCCAACGGCUCCCUGCUCGAGGCGUCGCGCGUCUGCUUCGUCAACAACGGCGGGUUCGACCUGAGGUUCCGGCUCCAUGACUGUGCUGCGCACAGAUCGACGGAUUACUCGCCCGUGUAUCCCGUCGACAGGGUGCAGUGCAUGGACGCGGGCGCGAUCGGCGGCGCCGCCGUACCCGCCGGGCGCGCAGUGCGGCCCGGCGUGCAGGUGCUGGCCGGCCUGCACGAGCUCCCCGAGCCAGCGCUGCUGUACAGCGCAAACGCCAGCACCGCCGGUUUCGUGUGCAGCGGCUCCACGCUGCGCUACCGAUGCGACCUGGCGUCGCUGGCGCCGGCGCAGGGCGCGCCAGAGGCGCAGAGUGUCUGCGUGCUCAACCACGCGGCGGCUGUGCUCUCGGCGGACGCGCUGGAUGCCCUGGCGGGGCGGUCCCUGGGGCACACGGGGGAGUUCGCCGUGGACCAGAUGCGCUGCGUGGACCUGGCCGAGGCGGGAGCGGAGCAGGGCCGCGCUGUCGCGGUGGAGGUGAAGGCCGCGGGCGGGCGGCGAACGCAGGCGGAGCCCGCGCUCGCCUACCGCAGGGGCGGCGUGCAGAUCGUCUACCGUUGCACUGGGACGACCCUGAGCCUCGCGUGUCGCCUGCUCGGGGCCGAGGGCGGCGGCGGCGCCGAGCCCGUGGGCGCGGCCGUCAGCCUGUCGCGGGCGGCCUGCGCCCUCGGCGCCGCGGCCGGCGGCCUCGCGCUCGGCGCCGCCGCGCUCGGCGGCGCAGGCCGUGCCGGGGGCUCCGCGGCGGCCCGCCGCGGGGGCGGCCCGCGGCAGCCGGGCCGGUCUGGCGCGGAGGGGCUGCUGGGUCUGGCCGAGGGCUCCGAUCUCGGCGGCCCCGACUGCCACACGGCUCUGGACGGCGAGUACUGCUACAGCGCGGUCUUGUGGGGCAUGCAGCAGGGGCUCACCGAGAAGCCACAGGACUACCCCGGCCUCGGCCUCGAGUCCGGCUUCCGGGACUUCCAGCGGGUGCUGCACGCGCGGGGCGUCGGGGACUGCCCUGAGCCCUGCGCGGACGAGGGGGCGCAGAGGCCGCCCACAUCGGUGGCGGCGGCCGAGCGGUGCGCCUUCGACUACAACGGCGGCCCGGAGGCGCUCUGCUUCUGCCAGCUCGCCGGAAACGCCGCGUGCGGCGCGUCGGACUGUUCCUGCCCCGAGGGCUGCGACGUCGCCUGGAACCACUCGGCGACGGUCACCUUCCGGAACAAGAACGAGGCCUCCGGCUGCGACGCCACCACGGGCCUGCUGGCCACCCCCGCGGUCGUACUUCCGCGACGUGGAGUUCCUGCAGACGUGGUGUCCCAGGCGCAUGCACGACCUGCUCGCGGAGAUGCUGCGGGAGGGCCUCGGGGCCUACCAGGAGCACGUGGAGGCGGAGGCCACCGUCUGGCAGUGCAUCCACGCGGCCCCCGUGGUGAGCACCGCGUGGCUCCACCUGCACACGUUCUGCGCCGCCGGCAGCCUGGACGGGCUGCCCGCCGGCAGCGGCGUCGCCUGGUGCGCCCAGAUGACGACGGCCGAUCAGGCCGACCUGCUCGCGGAGGAGGUCGCCAAGUGGGCCGCCGAGCAGUACGGCCGUCCCCCCAGCCAGCGCCCGACGAGCUGCGCGGAGCUCGGGUGCGGGAAGCCCGGCCCGGGGGGCCAGUGCUCCUGCCACGAGGGGUGCGGGCAGGCGGACGACUGCUGCGACGACUACGCCAAGGAGUGCGCGCGGUAGCGGGAGCAUGGGCUCCGGACCCGCGGUGCUGGCGCGGCGUGCUGGCCCACGCGCUGCCGCGCGCGAGCAGCCUGCUUCGGCCACGGGGCGGGGCGGGGCCCUCGUCGCUGCCGGCCGGGCUCGGCUCCGGACGCUGGGCCCGAGCCGCGUCUUGGGGGAGGCUCGCUGGCAGGCUUUGGGAGGCGCUGGGAAACCCAGCCCUGUGAGCUGAUCGACCACCCCCCGCCUUCCCUUUCGUCUGACCCGAACGUAGGAGGUUGCCGCGGGUGUGACAAAAACCCGGUGCCCAUUCUUAGGCUCGCGUGGGCAAGUAGGCGGCGUUUCUGUCUGAGCGGCAUAGUUGUUUCGUUUUCUUCGGCUGGUACCUUUUUUCCGUAGUGGUCUUUUGCCGUUUAUGUUUGUUCGUGAAGUUGAAUCAGCCGCGCUGCCAGAACAGCAGUAGCACCUGCGCGCCUGCGCACGUCUAGUGCGCACCUGCGCACUGGCAGAAUGUCUGGUGCGCACCUGCGCACGUCUAGAGGCCCUGAAUGUAUUCCCACACAGAGAAUGCCUGUGACAAUUCGCAGAUGCUGUGGCAUGCCGAACCGCCACGGAUCCCAUAAGUUGGGACGCAACGGGUGAGCCGGCGUUUGCAUAAGAUCAUUGCAGUGGUAUUGGUUUGCGCCAUCCUCUUUUCAUUGCUAACCCUUUCCCCACCCGUAGCAAUCCAAUUUGCACUGACUGUGUUCCUCGCAGUUCGUCUUUUGGGUCGCACCUCGUCCAGCAGAGGGGCCAGAGCCGAGAUGUCAUGCAGUGUGAUAGCACCUUGCCAGACGGCGGCAACACCAGUUGUAGUGACGCAUGCCUCUACAUUGUCUGGACUGGAGAUGGCCAGCCCUUGAAGGGCAGGUAAGUUUGCUUUACGGCUGGACGGUCUUCGAGAAGGGGCAUGUUGGGGACAGGUCGUCGGCAAUUCAGAGCCAAGCUCUGAGCAGGAAGAUACGGGC